AUGGGCGCGCAAGACACGAACUCCGGAGGCAUGGAGCUGUUCUUCAGAAGGAGGCUGGCAGAGGGACGCGCAGCAGGAGAAGGACAGCUUUCUCCUCCAGGCGAGGCGCAGAAGAUCAGCGAGAUCUCGGCGCCCGUCUUCAAGGAUGUUGAGUCCGAAGCAAAGGAAACAAAGGAGCGGAACAAGUGGCAAUGCGCCAUUUGUGGAAGGUGGGAGGAUCCCUCCGGCACAUCGAGAAGAAAAUGUUCGUCCUGUGGCGGCCCAGGCUUUGAGAAUAAGCGAGCCACCUCGAGCCUCAGCUCCACCAUGGCACUCGCUGGAAGAAACGACGGGAACGACCCCAAGAAACGUGGACCCCAUCGUAAAAAGGAUGUUGGACAGGGCCAGACCGAUCGUGAUUUCAUGGACGAGGAGAAAGUGGUCUGGGGAGUGGAGCCGGGAGACCUUGGUGGAGAACGAAAGGCGGGGUCCUUUAACGCGGCGUUGGAGAUCGCCAAGAACGAGGCGCUGCUUACGGAUGCAGUGGACUUGUUAAAGAAAGACUUUUGGUCCGACCCCAGCAGGGAAGCCCAGCUUUCAAAGAGGAAGCUGGUGAUGGAACUGGCGCAAGCGGUGGGAGGCGAAUGGUGGACCCCGCCGUUGAAUGAGAAGGUGGUUCUGGGCGUUGCCGCGGCGCUCAAGGCAGCGAGGCUGAGGACCGCUUCGGCUUUGAUCAGCGAGCUCAAGUUGUGGCAUGUCGAGCAAGGGCACUCGGUGUCAGACAGUUUGAAUAGAUUGUUGGGUCUGGCGAAGAAGUCGGUGUCCAGAAACCUCGGCCCAACGGAGAGAGCAUUGGAAGUAAAGCUCUCGAGUUUGGAGGGAGCACUCUGGCAAUGCUCGUGGCACAUGGGAAUUUGUGAGCCAGUGCUGGCUUAUGCGUGGGCCGUCAUCUUCAUACUUCGAUGCGCGGAAGUGGCGGCGGUGAGGUGGUCACAUGUGUCGGUGGACGAGGUGAAGAAGCACAUAACGCUCAAGAUCCCCAUCUCGAAGAUGGACCAAUCGGGAUGGGGAGUGAGGUGUGAAGUCCACGAGGAGUAUGACUACGGCGUGGAAGAGCAAACUGGGACAAGGCGUCUCCGGACACUCGGCGCGGAGGUCGGGAGCCAUGAUGUACGUGAGAGCAGGGCUCCCGUUACAGGAGGUCGCCUUUCUAUCGUGCCACCGAUGGUGGCGCCCAAUGCCAAAGACUUCCCGAGCUGGAAGGCGCCGAGAACUCCGAAGCCGGCUGCCAAUGAGUUGGGAUGGGACACUCCA